AUGAUUGGCGCGGCGCUGUUUGGCGUCAGCGCGGUCCUGUCAGGCCUCGCCGCGCGCUCCGACGCCGACGAGGACUUUGAGAGCGCUGACGAGGACGGGCCGAACGACGCGCGGCUGGCCAGCUUUGGGGACGGCGGCCUGGCUGUGACGACGUCGAAGCAUCUGCGCGUCGACCAUUAUGGCG